AUGGCGUCCCAAGAACAGAACAUGCCGUUCAUUAGGAACCUGGCCUCCAGCGACCGCAAGCUCCGCACCCAGGCCCUGUCCUCCCUCCAGACCUUCCUCGGCUCCCACCGCUCCCUCGCGCGCCUCGACGCCCUCAAGCUCUGGAAGGGCCUCUUCUACGCCAUGUGGAUGUGCGACCGCCCCGUGCCCCAGCAGAACCUCGCCGCCGAGCUCGCCGCCCUGACGUCGUGCGUCCGCGCCGACGACGUGCCCGUCUGGCUCGCCGCCUUCUGGGAGACCAUGGCCGCCCAGUGGACCGACAUCGACGUCCUCCGCAUGGAGAAGUUCCUCCUCCUCGUCCGCCGCACCUUCGCCGCCGGCCUCCAGUGGGUCCGCGACGGCGCCUACGCCGACGCCCGCGCCGACGCCCUGCUCGCCGUCUACGCCGAGUUCCCCUUUGAGCUCGAGGGCGACCUGCGCAAGGUCCCCGUCGGCAUGCGCCUGCACGGCGUCGACAUCUGGGUCGACGAGCUCGAGCGCCUCGGCAUGCUCGACGCGGACGCGGAAGGCGGCGAGAAGGCCGUCGCUUUCGCCAAGAGGCUGAGCCAGAUCGUCGAGCCGCUCAAGAGGUCGCCCGUCAAGACGGUACGCGCCAAGGUCGCCGAGGCCGUCGAGGACGAGAGGCUGCCGUGGACGGAGAGGAAGGCCGACAACGAGGUGGCCGACGCGACGGCAACAGGGGCCGACGGAGCCAUGGACGAGGACGAUGAUGAAGAGUGGGGUGGCAUCGAUGAUAAAUAG